GAAGAUCUGCCUACACUGCAAGUGCCCUCAGGAGGAGCACAUGGUGACAGUGAUGCCCCUAGAGAUGGAGAAGACUGUCAGCAAACUCAUGUUUGACUUCCAGAGGAACUCCACAUCAGACGACGACUCAGGCUGUGCCUUGGAGGAGUACGCCUGGAUCCCGCCGGGGCUGAAGCCUGAACAGGUUCACCAGUACUACAGCUGUCUCCCAGAAGAGAAGGUUCCUUACGUCAACAGUCCUGGAGAGAAACUUCGAAUCAAGCAGCUACUACACCAGCUGCCGCCACAUGACAAUGAGGUUCGAUAUUGCAACUCCCUGGAUGAGGAGGAGAAGAGGGAGCUGAAGCUCUUCAGCAACCAGAGGAAACGUGAAAACUUGGGUCGAGGGAAUGUCAGGCCCUUCCCAGUCACGAUGACAGGAGCUAUUUGUGAACAGUGCGGAGGCCAGAUUAACGGCGGGGACAUCGCCGUGUUUGCGUCCCGUGCGGGCCACGGCGUUUGCUGGCACCCGCCGUGCUUCAUCUGCACCGUCUGCAACGAGCUGCUGGUGGAUCUGAUCUACUUUUACCAAGAUGGGAAGAUAUACUGUGGCCGGCACCACGCCGAGUGCCUGAAGCCACGCUGCGCAGCCUGUGACGAGAUCAUCUUUGCAGACGAAUGCACAGAAGCUGAGGGACGGCACUGGCACAUGAAACACUUUUGCUGCUUCGAGUGCGAGACGGUGCUUGGCGGCCAGCGCUACAUCAUGAAGGAGGGAAGGCCCUACUGUUGCCGCUGCUUUGAGUCCUUGUAUGCAGAAUAUUGCGACACCUGUGCCCAACACAUAGGGAUCGACCAAGGUCAGAUGACCUACGACGGCCAACACUGGCAUGCCACCGAGACCUGUUUCUGCUGUGCUCACUGCAAGAAAUCCCUUCUGGGGCGGCCAUUCCUCCCAAAGCAGGGCCAGAUAUUCUGCUCCCGGGCCUGCAGUGCCGGGGAGGACCCCAAUGGCUCUGACUCAUCCGAUUCGGCUUUCCAGAACGCCAGGGCCAAGGAGUCCCGGCGCAGUGCCAAAAUCGGCAAGAACAAGGGCAAGACGGAGGAGCCCAUGCUAAACCAGCACAGCCAGCUGCAGGUGAGUUCCAACCGGUUGUCGGCCGAUGUGGACCCCCUGUCACUGCAGAUGGACCUGCUCAGCCUGUCCAGCCAGACGCCCAGCCUCAACCGGGACCCCAUUUGGCGGAGCCGGGACGAGCCCUACCAUUAUGGGAACAAGAUGGAGCAGAACCAGUCCCAGAGUCCCCUGCAGCUUCUCAGCCAGUGCAACAUCAGAACUUCCUACAGUCCGGGAGGGCAGGGGGCCGGGGCCCAGCCUGACAUGUGGGCCAAGCACUUCAGCAACCCCAAAAGGAGCUCAUCCCUGGCCAUGAAGGGGCACGGUGGCAGCUUCAUGAAGGAAUGCCGCGAGGACUAUUACCCGGGAAGGCUGAGGUCCCAGGAGAGCUACAGCGAUAUGUCCAGUCAGAGCUUUAGUGAAACCCGAGGCAACAUCCCAGUCGCCAAAUACGAGGAGGAGGAGGAGGAGGAAGGGGGCAUAUCCACGCAGCAGUGUCGGACCCGCCAUCCAAUCAGUUCCCUGAAAUAUACUGAGGACAUGACGCCCACAGAGCAGACCCCUCCAGGCUCCAUGGAAUCACUGGCCCUGUCUAAUGCAACAGGCCUGUCUGCCGAUGGUGGCGCCAAGCGCCAGGAGCAUCUCUCCCGGUUUUCCAUGCCCGACCUCAGCAAAGACUCUGGAAUGAAUGUCUCCGAGAAGCUGAGCAACAUGGGCACGCUUAACUCGUCCAUGCAGUUCCGGAGCGCAGAGUCGGUUCGCAGCCUGCUCUCUGCCCAGCAGUACCAGGAGAUGGAGGGAAACCUCCACCAGCUCGGCAACCCCAUUGGGUACAGGGACCUGCAGUCCCACGGCAGGCUGCACCAGAGCUUUGAUUUCGAGGGGGGGAUGGCGGGCAGCAAGCUGCCAGGGCAGGAGGGCAUGAGGAUCCAGCCCAUGAGCGAACGCACGCGGAGGAGAAGUACCUCCCGCGACGACGCUCGCCGCUUCCGACCCCACCGCUCCAGGCGUUCCCGGCGCUCUCGCUCAGACAACGCCCUCCACCUGGCCAGCGAGCGCGAGGCCAUCUCUCGGUUAAAAGAAAGGCCCCCGCUCCGAGCCAGGGAGGACUACGACCAGUUCAUGCGCCAGCGGAGCUUCCAGGAGAGCUUGGGCCAAGGGUCCCGAAGGGACCUGUACGGCCAGUGCCCGAGAACGGUGUCGGACCUGGCUCUGCAGAAUGCCUUUGGGGAGCGGUGGGGACCCUACUUCACCGAGUAUGAUUGGUGUUCCACCUGCUCGUCCUCUUCGGAGUCUGACAAUGAGGGCUAUUUCCUAGGAGAGCCCAUCCCCCAGCCCGCCCGCCUGCGAUACGUCACAAGCGAUGAGCUGUUGCACAAAUACAGCUCCUACGGCCUCCCCAAGUCUUCCACGUUAGGGGGCAGGGGACAGUUGCACAGCAGGAAAAGACAAAAGAGCAAAAACUGUAUCAUCUCUUAA